AUGUCACUGAGCUUUCCGACAGCCGCAAUUCUCUCGGCUAUGUGCGCGGCGCCGAUAUACGGGAUGAAUUGCAUACUUGCAGUGUUCUGUGCCAACGCUCUCUCCAAUACGAGGCGCUUCGGCAAAAGCUGGCCUCUUGCGAUUGUCCUCCUGACUCAGUGGAUCUUAUGCACAGGCAACUUCUUGUCACUCUUUCUUCAGCUCAUCCGGGGAUUCGUUCAUCCGCCACACCCAUCGACAAGCGGCACGCCCACGCAACCAAACCUCUCCGUCGCUUCAACUGCAUACUUCGAGAACCAAUCCUCUACAGAGCACUUUGUGGAGUUCAUCUUCGUCGUCUUCACCAGCCUGAUGGCAGCCUUUUUCAUGACAUGGAGAGUUUAUGUGGUGUACGAUAGGAAGGCGUGGCUUUCCGUUCCCUUCCUCCUAUUGAACAUCGUUGCCCUCGUAUUUGGUACCCUCAUGGUGCAAGCAGAAACUCUAGUCAGACGCGAUCCAUCACUCUUCUUCGAGAACCCAGAACUCCAGCGAACGACAACCAUGUGGGCUACGUCGGUGAUAACCCAAACAGCAGGGACCCUCCUCAUCAUGUAUCGUGAGCUUUCGACGCCCAAGUCUGUGCCAAAUAGCAAGACAUCCCGACAAUGCACAUUGACGGCCAUCGCAUACACCAUCAUUGAUUCCGGGGCGACAUACACUCUGCUAGUCAUCGUGACGCUUGCGUUAUAUGUCAGCAAGCGUUCGGAAGGUGCCGUCGUAGGCGCAAUCCUCGGCCAGAUCUCUGCGACCGUCCCGUUGACGAUCAUCCUGCGUGAGUGGUGGGAAGCUGCCCAGACGACUUCGCUACAGGACCCAUUUCUUCCGCGCACCGCGCUCCUCCGAGAGAGUCAUGAGAUGCUUCAUGGGGGAGCUCUUCGCCUGGACACUGAGCAAACUCGAGAGAAUGACGGGGUCAACGUAUGCGUUGUCAAAGCUACCCACAUGGAUGCGCAGUCACUUUUGGCAAGCGAGGAGGCUCGCAAGAGCGUGCAACUGGGGCAUUACUCUGACAUAUGA